AAUGUCUUUUUCCAUAAAAUUGUUUAUGAGCCUUCCAGGCCAUUUAUAUGGUUACUGAUGAGGCUCUCCGUGAAUAGCAUCAAAGCUGCAUCGGGAAGUACGGAGGCCGGUAAAGUUUAGUGGAUACAGCGCCCCAGCCGACAGCGGCCCGAAGCAACAGCUCCGCGCCGGUCCUACGUCACAUGCCAUUUGACUUCCCAUUGAGCUCAGCACCUCUUUUCUCUUAAUAUUCUCCCCUUUCCCCGAUAGAAUGAGAUACUGUCAGCUCGACAACCUCACGCAUUAACAUUGGUUAGCAGAGGUCUGCAGUGGAUAACGUGGUUGAGCCGGUGAUAGUCGUGAGCCACGAAGUCAAGCAGUUCACAUCACAUCAACAUCCACACAUACCGCAGAGUCCACCUUGACUUGAACUGAAUAUCAUGGCUAUCUCUUCCGUCCUCCGUCGGGCGCUGCUAUAUGUUCCUGCGUCUUCCCAGAAGUUCAUGACCAAGUCACUGUCCUUGGCUAGUGACAAUAUUACAUAUGACCUUGAGGACUCAGUGACUCCAGCAAACAAGCAGACCGCUCGCACACAAUUGCGCGACCACCUAUCCUCACUUUCGAACAAGCCGGCUUCCAUUGGAGAGCUUGCUGUACGCAUCAAUGCUGUCUCGACCCCCUAUGCGCUUGAUGAUCUAACCACUCUCGCAAGCGCUCCGAACCUUGACGCCAUUGUCAUCCCGAAGGUCAACAGUGCUAGCGUUUUGUCCUUCGUCACUGAUGUCAUCCGCCAUGCAGCACCCCAACGGCAUUCUUCAGAUCCCACGGCAAGCCCUCUCAAGUUGAUUGCCCUGAUCGAGUCGGCCAGAGCGGUGAUGGAUCUGCGCUCGAUCUGUGCUGCGUCGCCGUAUCUGAGUGGCCUGAUUUUUGCUGCUGAGGACUUUGCAUUGGACCUGUCCAUUACGCGAACACCAGGUUUGGCGGAGUUUUUGUACGCCAGAAGUGCCAUUGUGACUGCUGCCAGAGCAUUCGAUCUCCCUAGCUCCAUUGAUCUUGUCUGUACCUCAUACAAGGGCCCAGAGGGGGUAAAGCGGCUAGAAGAGGAGUGUCAGAACGGCAAGGAGAUGGGCUUCAACGGAAAGCAGUGUAUCCAUCCCAGCCAGGUCGAAGUGGCCCAGCGAUUGUUCGCCCCAGCAGAGGCCGAGGUUGAGUGGUCCGUUCGUGUCCUUGUUGCCGAUGACAAGGCCUCUGCAGCGGGUCGAGGUGCUUGGACCUUGGACGGAAAGAUGAUUGAUGCUCCUGUGGUUGGAAAGGCUCGGGCGGUAGUCGCCAAAGCCGCAAAGUGUGGAAUGGACAUUGAAAGCAUUAAGGCAAAGUGGAAGGAUCAGAACCCGGAGUGAUGACUUCUCUAAAUCAACGGGUCACAUCUCAGAACCCGCGCGGAUCUUCCCACAUUCUCGGUAACCCGGUAUCUUGAGCCCCCGUACUCUGCCCGUAAAAAUCCAGCUCGAAAGAUUCGCGGUCCUGUGCCUCGAUAUGUGCUAUGUCUGUUGCAAGUGGAUGCUGAUCGUACCACCCGUUGUCUGGAAGAAGCAUACCAUUGCCUUCGGGGUAUAAACCAGGGCCGAGCUGCUGCUGCUGCUGCUGCUGCUGCUGCUGCUGCUGCUGCUG